UAUCCACAUCAGCUUUCCAACUUCACCUCUCCAUACUUAAAUGCUCCCCCCCUUCUUCUACAUUCCCACAUAAUAUAAACAAGAAAAAAGCUCUAGCAAAUUACUACUGUGCUUUGAGGAGCUUCAUGGGUGAAGAGAAGAAAGAAGAAGAGAAAAGGGAGGAAGAAAAGAAAGAAGAAGCAAGUGGUGGUGGGGGAGAUAAGAAGCAACAAGAGGAGAAGAAGGAAGAAGAAGAAGAACCUCUUGUCCUCAAAGUUGAUAUGCAUUGUGAAGCUUGUGCAAGAAAAGUUAAAAGAUCUUUGAAAGGAUUCCAAGGAGUGGAACAAGUAACGGCGGAUUGCAAGGCGAGUAAAGUGGUAGUCAAGGGCAAAACAGCAGACCCAAUAAAAGUAUGUGAGAGGAUUCAGAAGAAAAGUGGGCGCAAGGUUGAAAUCAUUUCCCCUUUACCAAAACCCCCGGAAGAGAACAAGGUCCAAGAAGCUAAACAAGAAGAACCUCCCAAUGAAGAGAAGAAAGAUGAGCCUCCUCCGGUUGUUACCGUGGUGCUAAAAAUAGGAAUGCAUUGUGAAGCAUGUGCCCAGGUUCUGCAGAAGCGAAUUCGGAAGAUAAAAGGUGUUGAGUCAGUGAUGAUAGACUUAGCAAAUGAUCGAGUAACUGUCAAAGGUGUACUUGAUCCGGAGAAGUUAGUUGUCGAUGUGUACAAGAAAACCAAGAAGCAAGCAAUUGUUCUGAAGGACGAAGAAAAAAAGGAAGAAGGAAAGAAGGAAGAAGAGAAGAAAGAAGAUAACGAAGCAACAAAGAAGGAAGUGGAAGAAGCCAAGGAAGAUGAUCAAGAUAACAAAGGAAUGGAUAUUAUGAAGAAUGAAUAUUAUGGUCCCAAGUCCUACACAGAAUAUUCGACAUAUGUGCCUCAGAUGUUUAGUGAUGAGAAUCCUAAUGCUUGCUCCAUCAUGUAAUGGAUCUGAUGGAAAUUUUCGUAUGUACUUAUAGUAGAUAAUAAUAUUUUGGCAUCUAUAUGACAUUUGAGACUUAAUGCAAUCUUUUAGUUUCACGGCAAAUUUUCCAUCUCUUGGA